CGACAGAAAUAAAAAGAUUGCAUUGAAAUCAACAUCAGCGAAAAAGUCAACUUGUUCAUUUUCAAAUUGUAUUUUUCCAACUUGCUACGACUUUUGUUUUAUAAGCGCGUGUGAACGCGUGAAAAAAAUUACAAAAACGCAAAUAAAAUUGUAAAAUAAAAUUAAAUAAACUAAAGCGUUAAAAGAAAAAAUUAAACUAAGAAAAAUAUACUAAACGACCGGCACUGUAAAAGAAUUUUAGGAAAUUUUACUACAGACGGAGCCGACAAGAAAAAAAAACAGCAAGAAACAAGGAGGAGGUGAUAGCGAGAAAGUUCAGCAUUAUUUAAAAGGCCUUUAAAGCGAAAAGCAUGACUGCUGAUACUGUGGACACAAAUGCCGGCUCUGCGGAGGAGUCAGCACCAACCUCCAUGUUUAUGGCCAUCAUUCAGGAGAUUUUCUAUAGUCCCAUGAAUCUCGCCCUGGUGGCUAUAAUUGCAUUUUUGGUUUAUAAAAUCAUUAAGGAUAGAAUUGAAGUGCCCAGUGUGGGUUCACAAAAGCCACAAGAACCAGAGCUGCCUAAAUUGCGUAGAGACUUUACAGUAGCCGAACUACGUCAAUACGAUGGCACACAACCAGAUGGUAGAAUUUUAGUGGCUGUUAAUGGCAAAGUUUUUGAUGUUACCAAAGGCAGACGUUUCUAUGGACCAGGUGGACCUUAUGCUUCAUUUGCUGGACGUGAUGCCUCACGUAAUUUGGCCACAUUUAGUGUAGCACCCAAUGAUAAAGACGAAUAUGAUGAUCUAAGUGAUUUGAGCGCAAUGGAACUUGAUUCCGUACGCGAAUGGGAAAUGCAAAUUAAAGAAAAAUAUGAUUUAGUUGGCAAACUAUUGCGCAAAGGUGAACAACCAACCAACUAUGAAGAUGAAGAGGAUGAUACCGACAAAGAUACAAAACCAAAUGACACUCCCACCAAUACAGCUGCGAAAACAACAAAUGUUGCUGGUGGUAAUACUUCGACAACUACAACAGACAAUACUUCAUCUUUAGCUGGUCAUGGCAUCGAUGCUGAUGGCAUUAGAAAACGUGAUGUAGAUGCUACGUCAACAACAAAGGAUGUUGAAUAAGUUCCCAAAAAGAAAUUCAAUUCUUAUAAAAAAAUAUAAACAUACAAACAACAUGCAUAUAUUUAUACAUAAACUGGAGGAAGAAGAAACAUGAAAAAGCUGCUUAUUUCUAGUUGUCUUUAAUUUUUAGUUAAGAUUUUUUUCUUUCAUUCUUCUUUUUUUCCGUCAUAACAAUCUAACAACAAAAAUUCCCUUAAAACCCCCCUAAACAAAAUGUAUACCUUAAAUACCAGUUGCACUUUAAAUUAUAUAUUUUAUAUUAAUCAUUUAAUUUAGAUUGUAAAAGAAGGUUUUUGUUACUUUAUUUUUCUUUUUUCAAUUUUUUCGUAUUUAAUUAGAUUUAAAAUUUGUUUAAUUCAAAUUGCAAACGUACGUGUAGUUUAAUUAAAUUGGUAUAAAAACAAAAAACUAUUAAAACAAAAUUUUGAAAAAUUUUAAAAA